AUGAGCAGAAAUAACCUUAAUUUCCAGUCGAACAUUGUUGGAUGAUGGCGCUGUAGACCAGCAGAGUAGUGUUUUAAUAUGCUGCUCUUUGUGCCAAAAGAUCUUUGUGCCAAAGGAUCUUUGUAGACAUGGCAACCAGAUGGGGAAUCUGCAGCGCAGGCAAGAUCAGCCAUGACUUCAUGGUGGCUAUGAAAACUCUUCCACCUGAAGAUCACCAGGCUGUGGCUGUAGCAGCCCGCAGACUGGAUGAUGCAAAGCAGUUUGCAAAAACUCACGGCAUCCCUCGAGCAUAUGGAACCUACGAAGAGCUGGCCAAGGAUCCCAAUAUUGAUGUGAUAUACAUCGGCACCAUUCCGACCACCCACCUGAGCUCCUGUUUGCUCUUCUUGAAUGCCAAGAAGCCUGUCUUGUGUGAGAAGUCUCUGGCCAUGACCACCAAGGAGGUUAAGGAGAUCCUGGCCUGUGCUAAGAAGAACAAUGUCUUUCUCAUGGAGGCCAUCUGGAGCCGAUUCUACCCGGCCUACAGAGAAAUCAGGAAGGUUGUGGCCCAGGGCGAGAUUGGCGAGGUGAGGUUGGUGAGGUCCGAGUUUGGCUUGUCCGUGUUGCCUCUGCCAAAGUUGGAGCUGAAGGAGCUGGGGGGAGGAGCCCUGCUGUACAUUGGUCUCUACCCGCUGCAGUUCUCCAUGAUGAUAUACGGAGAGAGGCCUCAGAGCAUCCAGACUAUGGGCAAGGUUCUGCCUACUGGAGUGGAUGAGACCUUGGUGACAAAUAUGAAGUUCUCCAAGGACAGGUUGGCUGUGUUCACAAGCUCCACUGGACUGAAGCUGGCCAAUGAUGCCCUUGUAGUGGGCACCAAGGGAUCAAUCCGGAUUCCAUCGCACAUGUGGUGCCCUGAGACUAUAGUGGUGAACGGCGAGGAGAGGAAUUUCCCUCUACCGAAACCCGACUUGCCCCUCAACUUCGUCCACAGCACAGGGCUGCGCUAUGAAGCAGAGGAGGUCCGACAGUGUUUGCUCAAAGGACUGUACAAACCACUACGACUACGACAUCCUCGGAAGAACCCUCAUAUGGGCAAGGAAAACUCACACCCAGUGGGCAACGAGAACUCACAUACUUGCCAACCAUCGUGACUUUUCUGUGAGACCUACGAAUUUCAAUGCUCUUCGCAAAAAUCUCUCGGGUCAACCAUUUUCCAGAAUUUCUCCCGAUUUCCACCCGGACAGCAACAUUGGGGGUGUGUGUGUGUGUGUGUGUGUCCGCGGACAACAACAUUGGGGGUGUGCCUUCAAGGCACUGCCUUUAGCGUCCCCUACAACCUAUCAUCACAUCCGCUUAUUAUCUAUACCAGGGGUCGGCAACCCAAAAUGUUGAAAGAGCCAUAUUGGACCAAAAAUACAAAAACAAAUCUGUUUGGAGCCGCAAAAAAUUAAAAGCCAUAUUGCAUACAGAUUGUGUGUCAUGAGAUAUAAAUUGAAUUAAGAGGACUUAAAGGAAACUAAAUGAGCUCAAAUAUAGCUACAAAUGAGGCAUAAUAAUGCAAUAUGUACAUACAACUAACGUAAAUAGCAUGUUAGCACAGAUUAGCUUGCAGUCAUGCAGUGACCAAAUAUGUCUGAUUAGCACUCCACAUAAGUCAUGAACAUCAACAAAACUCACCUUUGUGCAUUAGUGCACAACAUUAUAAAUUUGGUGGACAAAAUAAGACAGAAAACGAAGUGGCAUAAAACACGUCCUAGAAAGUCGGAGAAAGUUAUGCAUGUAAACAAACUACGGUGAGUUCAAGGACUGCCAAAGUUAGUAGGACAAAACGGCGCUCGCCAAAUCCUUGAAUCAGUGAAGCAUGUUGUGGAGAAACGGAGCCGACGAGCCGACAGCAGGUGGAGGAAACCAGCAUCCCUAGCCGAGAUGGAGGCGAGAAGGCGGGGCGUGCGGCGGAGAGAGGAGGCGUGUCGCACUUGGAGCCGUACGGUAACAACAAUCAGCGCACACCACACAGCUGUGCUCAAUCACGUCAUCUGCUCCUCCAGCAUAAACAGGGGGAAGGAGGAACAGACAGGGGAGAGUAGGAGAAGGAACCCACUGGAGUAGACCGACCACGACCACGAAAGACGCAAACAGACGCAAACCCCGGACACUGCAAGGUGCACCGCAGACAGAAGCAGGAAACGCCCGCGCACUGCAAAGUGCCGCGACAACCAGGCAAGACUUAACAAAUAUUGAAAUAAUAAAUGAAAGUCAAACCUGCUAUGAUGCGUGUCCUGUAUCCAUCGUCACUACAACCCACACAUGGACGGUAGGAAGCCCGUCACAGUGGCGCCAACGUGGAAGAGACGACCGGAAGCGGAAGGCGAUGACGUCAUCUGGGCUUUGGUCGCGAGCUACAAAACCCUGCUCAAGGAACAGCGUCAGGAGACCCAAAGGCUGCAGGCGCUGAUGAACCAGGUGGGAGGAAGCGGCGAGGAUAUUCACGAGGGGAAAGCCGGGGAAAACGCCGGUGGGAACACAGCAGAGAACCUCCACAUGGGGGGCGGAGCUGGGCAGGCGGCAUCUGCAGCAGCUGCAGCAGCAGGCCACCAGUUCGCCUGUCUAAAUGGGGACGAUGAUGAUGAUGACUGCGGUGCCGAGGAGGCGCCCUCUGCUGGAGACACAGAUGCACGACCAGUGGAGCGGACAGCUAGAAAAGUUGAAGAAGAUGAAUUAAAUGAAGAAAAUGAUUAAGAGGAAGAAGUUGAAGAUGAAGUUGGAAAAUUUCAAGAAAAAGAGGAAGACAAGGUGGAAGAAAAAAUUAAAGAAUCUCAAGAAGGUGAGAAAGAAGACAAAGGACCUGGAGAAAUGCAGGACAAUGAGGAUGACAAAGAAGAAGUUAAAGAAGAAGUUGAAUCUCAAAAAAGUGAGGAAAAGGAAGAAAUACCUGGAGAAAUGCAGGAAAAUGAUGAAGAUGUUAAAGAUGAAGAUGAAGAGGAAGUUGAAAAAUCUCAAGAAAAAGAAAUGCUUGGAGAAAUGCAAGGAAAGGACUAAGUAAUCAAAGAGGACAAAAAAAGUCGAAAAGACUCAAGAAAGUGAGAGGGAAGAAAGGCCUGAAAGAACUCAAGGAAAUGAUAAAGACAAGGGAAAAGCCAAAGAGAUGCUGGCAACACUGCAGACGACCACGAGACCCACCUCAGCGCCCCGCGGUCAUCUUGCCCCGCGAUGGGGGGGGGGGGUCGAAAGGUCCAAAUUUCCCGGUCAGGAUAAAGAAAAAGAAGAAAAACAACAUGGUGGUGAUGAGGAUGAUGAGGAAGACCCGGUUGAGGGUGACGAUGAUUAAGAGCAGCAUACUGAUGAUGAUGACGAGGAAGACCAUGGUGAUGAUGAAGACCAUGGUGAUGAUGAGGAUGAAGAGGAGCAUGAUAAUGAUGAAAAGGAACGUGGUGAUGAUGAUGAUGACGAAGGGGACAAGGAAAAACUUGAAGAGGACAAGGAGAAAGGCAAAGAAAUUGAAGUUUGGGAAGACAAAGAUCAAGGCAAAGAAGUCAGAGGGCCGCAGCAGUUUUUUUUCCGCUCCUUGAAGAAAAGGGGGGAUGGAGUAAGCUCAGCCGGACUAAAGCUCGGCUUCGAACUGGCGGUGGAGGUAUGUGGAGAGACGGAGCCAACGACCCGACAGUGGGCGGAGGAAAGCAGCAUCCCUAGCCGAGAUGGAGGAGAGAAGGCGGGGCGUGCGGCGGAGAGAGGAGGCGUGUCGCACUUGGAGCCGUACGGUAACAACAAUCAGCGCACACCACACAGCUAUGCGCAAUCACGUCAUCUGCUCCUCCAGCAUAAACAGGGGGAAGGAGGAACAGACAGGGGAGAGUAGGAGAAGGAACCCACUGGAGUAGACCGACCACGACCACGAAAGACGCAAACCACGAAAGAACGAUCAGACCUGAGAGACGAUGCGCCCCCUCAACAGACGCAAACCCCGGACACCGCAAGGUGCACCGCAGACAGAAGCAGGAAACGCCCACGCACUGCAAAGUGCCACGACAACCAGGUAAGACUUAACAAAUAUUGAAAUAAUAAAUAACAAAUAUUGAAAUAAUAAAUGAAAGUCAAACCUGCUAUGAUGCGUCCUGUAUCCAUCGUCACUACAACCCACACAUGGACGGUAGGAAGCCCGUCACACAUGUUUAAUAUAAACAGUGUGCUUUAUAACAAUUAGGGAGGUUUGUGUCAUGUUUGUCCUCCAACAGAAACUAUAUUAAUACAAAAAUAUAUUUUUUAUAUUUUUUUUCUCUCAUCUUUUUCCAUUUUUCAUACAUUUUUGAAAAAGCUCCAGAGAACCACUAGGGCGGCGCUAAAGAGCCAUAUGCGGCUCCAGAGCCACGGGUUGCCGACCCCUGAUCUAUACUAACAAGCCCAGUUACAUAAUAUAUACGGCUUUUACACACACAAGCGAAUGAACGGCAUACUUGAUCAACAGCCAUACAGGUCACACUGAGGGUGGCCGUAUAAACAACUUUAACACUGUUACAAAUAUGCGCCACAAUGUGAACCCACAUCAAACAAGAAUGACAAACACAUUUCGGGAGAACAUCCGCACCACAACACAACAUAAACACAACAGAACAAACACCGUAUUUGUAGUAAAGUGACUUACUCCUUAUUAUGCUCAACUCGAACUUUUAAUGAAGCCCAACACACAAAUACAUUAUACACAGCCGUUAGCUCUACUGCUUUCAAAACACUACUGGCCCCGUUGCCUAGGACCCCGCCUGAACCCCUUAGUGGUGGUCACGGUGCAGCCUGAUUAAAAAUGGCACAUUAACAUUGCAACGGUAUUUUUCGGAUUAUAAAUCGCUCCGGAGUAUACGUCGCACCGGCCAAAAAUGCAUAAUAAAGAAGGAAAAAAACAUAUAUACUUCUCACUGGAGUAUAAGUCUCAUUUUUGGGGGAAAUUUAUUUGAUAAAAUCCUACACCAAGAAUGGUAUGUUAACGUAACAUAUUAUUGUAAGAGUCAUUCAAAUAACUCUAACAUAUAGAACAUGCUAUACGUUUACCAAACAAUCUGUCACUCCUAAUCGAUAAAUCUGAUAAAAUCUUCUUCCUUGAUGUCGCUUCUAAACAACUCUGCCAACUCCAAAGGUAUGCGCCGCUUCCUCUUGUCGUUUUCUGCUGCAUAUUUCACUACGUCCAGCUUGUAAUCUGCAGUACAUGAUUUCCUUUUCGGUGGCGUUUUUCUUCAGCCCUUCUCAGUUUUUAUAAGUUACCGCCAACGUUGAAAUUAUCCAUUUUAAUAGCUACGGCAGUAGCAUAUAGCAGUUAGCAUCCCAUGACCCACAAUGCACUUCUGCCAUGACCCUCCCCCACCAAAUUCUUAUUGGUUGACGUGUAUGUGACGAUUGCUGACGUGUGUGUGAUGAUUGCUGACAUUUUCUUUAUCUCUUCCGCAAAUGAGAUAAAUAAUAUUAUUUGAUAUUUUACAGUAAUGUGUUUAUUUCACACAAGUCGCUCCGGAGUAUAUGUCGCACUACCGGCCAAAAUAUGAAAAAAACUGAUUUAUAAUCUCAAAAAUACGGUACUCAGAAUCCCUUGCAGCACUAACUCCUCCGGGUCGCUACAAUAUACACCCCCGCUACCACUAAACUCUGCUCCCCAAUCACAUUAUGUGUACAAUAUGAACUUAUAUUUAUACAUUGUAUUUAUUUAUUUUAACCAACCAUUAAAUUAUAUAACAUAUACAGUAUACAAUGUGCUUCUGUCAGCAUCUCCAUUUUUUUUUUAUUGUAUUUCAGACAUGCAUAAAGAUACAAUAUGAGGCAUUACAAAUUUCCUAUUUAAGUGGAACCCUCACGGACAACCAACACAGACCUAAAAUCCCAACAUUGAUGGCAGUUAUGGAAAUAAUGGAGGAAACUACCAAUGCAAUAGAUGGUAAACAGUGUGCAACUGCAGUGUUUAUGGAUCUAAACAAAUAAUUUGACUGAUUUAAUCAUAAUAACUUAAACAAAAAAUUAGAGCUGUAUGGCAUCACAGGGCUGUUCUUGAACAAAGUGAGAAGCUACUUAUCCAACAAGAAGCAAUAUGUGAAGAUAGGCGAACACACGUAAUAUAUCUUGUGGCGUACACCAGGGAUCAAUACUGGGACCAACAUUGUUCAAUUCGAAUGAACGACAAAUGGACAGUUACAAAAAACCUAGUUAAUAAUAUUUGAAGACUGUACAACUGUGUUUUGUUGAGGAGAGAACACACAUAAGCUAAUACAAACAGGAACAGAAGAAAUGAACAAAUGAGAGAGAUGGUUUGACCAAAAAAUCUUGAUCUCUUAGUAAAACUAAAGUAAUCUUAUUUAGUAACAGUAGAAGAGAAAGUUAAACAUAAAUAUAAAUAGAGUAAACAUUAAAAGGGUAAAAUAAAUCUAACGUUGGGUGUAAUAAUAGAUGAUAAAAUGAAAAAUAAUUGUUUUAUAAAAAUACACUUUACAAUAUAUCAAUAUUGUACAGAUACGGCAACAAUAGCUACCAGUAGAGAAUAUUAAAGGAUUUGUAAUCUACAAUAUGAGUUAUUGUGUAGGAAUAUGGGGAAGUAACUACAAAUGUGUGCUUCAUUCACUAACGGAGUUACAAAAAAGGCAGUUUAAAACAAUAUGUAAUGUUUGAAAUAGAGAACAUUCAAACCCUAUAUUUACUUAUUAUAUAUAAAAAAAAGACAACUCAAGGAUCUGGUGCAUUUUCAAACAGCUAAAAUUAUGCACAAAGCCAAACUAUAGCCUGCUACAUAAGAAUGUACAUUUCUUCUUAACAAAAGAUGAGAAAUAUAACCUUAGGGAAGAAUUAAGCUUUAAACAUUCAUGUGCACGUACAAUUUGAUUGAUUGAUUGAUACUUUUAUUAGUAGAUUGCACAGUACAGUACAUAUUCCGUACAAUUGACCACUAAAUGGUAACACCCGAAUAAGUUUUUCAACUUGUUUAAGUCGGGGUCCACGUUAAUCAAUUCAUGGUACAAAUAUAUACUAUCAACAUAAUACAGUCAUCACACAAGUUAAUCAUCAUAGUAUAUACAUUGAAUUAUUUACAUUAUUUACAAUCCGGGGGGUGGGAUGAGGAGCUUCGGUUGAUAUCAGAACUUCAGUCAUCAACAAUUGCAUCAACAGAGAAAUGUGGACAUUGAAACAGUGUAGGUCUUAUUUAGUAGGAUAUGUACAGCCAGCAGAGAACAUAGUGAGUUCAGAUAGCAUAAGAACAAGUAUAUACAUUAGAAGUACAUUUGAGUUGUUUAUAAUCCGGGGAGAUGGGAUGUGAAUGGAGGAGGGUAUUAGUAAAGUGUUGAAGUUGCCUGGAGGUGUUGUUUUAGAGCGGUUUUGAAGGAAUAUAGAGAUCCACUUACUUUUAUACCUGUUGGGAGUGCAUUCCACAUUGAUGUGGCAUAGAAAGAGAAUGAGUUAAGACCUUUGUUAGAUCGAAAUCUGGGUUUAACGUGGUUUGUGGAGCUCCCCCUGGUGUUGUGGUUAUGGCGGUCAUUUACGUUAAGGAAGUAAUUUGACAUGUACUUCGGUAUCAAGGAGGUGUAGCGGAUUUUAUAGACUAGGCUCAGUGCAAGUUGUUUUACUCUGUCCUCCACCCUGAGCCAGCCCACUUUGGAGAAGUGGGUUGGAUUGAGGUGUGAUCUGGGGUGGAGGUCUAAAAGUAACCGGAUUAGCUUAUUCUGGGAUGUUUGGAGUCUAGAUUUGAGGGUUUUGGAGGUGCUGGGGUACCAGGAGGUGCAAGCGUAAUCGAAGAAGGGUUGAAUGAGAGUUCCCGUUAGAAUCCUCAAGGUGCUUUUGUUGACCAGAGAGGAGAUUCUGUAGAGGAAUCUCGUUCUUUGGUUGACCUUUUUGAUCACCUUGGUUGCCAUUUUAUCACAGGAAAGAUUAGCCUCUAGAAUGGAACCUAGGUAGGUGAUCUCAUCUACAACACUUAAAACCUUCAGUGUUUUUAGUAUGUGGAACUAAAUCAUGGAAUGGAUUGAGCGAAUAAGUCAAACAAAACAUUAAUAUGAUCCAGUUUAAUAAACUGUUCAACUCAAGUAAGAAGAAUCCUGAUUAACAUCCUGAACUUUUUUAAAACGGAGAUAUUCUUAUCAAUCCCAUUAUGCAAAUCAAACUAUUUAUUCAUGAAAACUUCUUAUAAAUUUGUUUUUUUUCAUGUGUUUGUGUCACAAAAUGGGCCCAGGAAGUGAAUAAAAAAAAUGUGUCAGAAAUUGCUAUAAUAUGGAAAAGGUUAAGAAUAAUUAAGAUGUGCUUCCUUGUUGUAAUGAGACACUGGAAAUAUGUGAUGUCCUAUAUUGUAAUUGUACGCAUGUAAGAAAUAAAUUAAAACUAUAACCACCAAGGUUGCAGAAUUCGGUGAUUUCUUUUCAGUUGAAAAUGUUGACUAUUCUAAAGUAUCGAGUGAGGAACCCUGGUACAUUUAUUUAUAUCCCGGUACAUUUUUGUUUUACUAAAUGUAAUAAUGUGCCUUUGAAACAAAAAAAAACAUAACUCUCCAAUUACUCACCCUCCCAAAAACAAAACAAAA